AGGACGUUCUCUACUGUAACCCGAAAGAAUGGCUGCUGAACUGGAAAGCGUUGAGAAAGUUUUGGAAAAGCACUUACCAGCCGCAGAAUUUGCGGAAGUAAGGCGCAUCUUGUACGGAAAAGAACUAAGAAAACUUAGCCUACCAGAAGAUGUGUAUUCAGCAGCUGCCCAGAAAGACUUUGAAGUCCAAGGUUAUAGUUUCUGUGAGAUCGCUAAAGAGGAAAGUUUUCGUCCACCAAGAAUAGUCCGAAUUGGGGCCAUACAGAACAAGAUUGUCCUUCCAACAACAGCACCAAUACCAAAACAGAUUGAAGCACUCCAUAACAGGAUCUCUGAUAUCAUUGAUGUUGCUGCUCAAUCUGGUGUGAAUGUUCUUUGUAUGCAGGAGGCAUGGACUAUGCCUUUUGCCUUCUGUACUCGAGAGAAACAUCCUUGGUGUGACUUUGCAGAGUCUGCAGAAAAUGGUGCUACGACCAAGCUUUUACAAGAGCUGGCUAAAAAGUACAAUAUGGUGAUCAUCUCACCGAUCCUGGAAAGGGACGAGACACAUGGAGAUAUUCUUGCCAACACAGCAGUGGUGAUAUCUAACACCGGUCAGGUGCUUGGUAAAUCCAGGAAGAACCAUAUCCCCAGAGUUGGUGAUUUCAAUGAGUCUACCUACUAUUUGGAGGGAGACACGGGCCACAAAGUGUUCCAGACACAGUUUGGAAAGAUCGCUAUCAACAUCUGUUAUGGACGCCAUCAUCCUCCCAACUGGAUGAUGUAUGGAGUAAAUGGAGCUGAAAUUGUAUUUAAUCCAUCUGCAACUGUUGGAGCUUUGAGUGAGCCGAUGUGGCCCAUAGAAGCCCGGUGUGCGGCCAUUGCUAACAGCUACUUCACAUGUGGCAUCAACAGAGUUGGCACGGAGGAGUUUGCUAGUGAAUUCACAUCAGGGAACGGUAAACCAGCCCACAAGGACUUCGGACAUUUCUAUGGCUCUAGCUACGUGGCAGCCCCCGAUGGGACCCGCACACCGGGACUUUCGAGGACUCGAGAUGGACUUAUGGUGGCGGAAGUCGACCUGAAUCUGUGUCGGCAGGUCAAGGAUGCUUGGUGUUUCAGGAUGACCCAAAGACUGGACAUGUAUGCCAAGUCACUGACAGAGGCGGUCAAGCCUGACUACCAGCCAGAUGUGGUCAAGGAGAAGUAGAGGUCAAUGUCCUGUUGAAGGUCCGCAGUCCAAUGGACUCUCGCCUUAAACACCACCAGGGGGCAGCACUCUUCACAACAAACUUUAGACCAUCAGAUGAUAAAUGUUUUUGUAAACAGAGAUUAGUUCUGUAUUCGAGUACUUUUAUUAGAAUAGCAUUUUCUUCUACAACAUAUGUUUGAAAAAAUUAAUAGCUAAAAAUGAUUUUAUUUGAUUUGUCAUCAUAUUACCGUGAUUAUCCCGGUUUGACCUUUCAGUGUGAUUAACCUUUCCUUAGAGGUCAAACUCUUACUGUUUUAUCUUACUACUAUCGUAUAUUGAAUUUGGGACCUAAAAUCUCAUCACUUAAAAUAGCUGACUGUCUUAAUACACUCUCAGUCAACAGCCUGCUAUCACAAGAGCAAAUGUAACUUGGAUUUCCUAUUGGUACUGUGUUAUUUUUUACCUGAAUACACACAUAUAGAUCUGAUUUAACAAAAUCAUAUUUUAAAACUACAGUAUGUACAUGUUUUGAGCUACUAUUUUUGCUGGACAAUUCAGGUUUUAAUACUAUGGGCAUUAAGAAAUUUAACUGAUAAUUUAUAGCUAAACAAGGGUCCAAAACCAGGAGUCUCCCUCGUAUUUAAUUACGAAAAGUCGGCAAGUGAGAAUGUCUACUUGGUGCAGGAAUUUGGGGUAAUGCAUUGCUGGAAAAGUGCUGGAAUUUGUUGAAAUAUACUUGAAUUUAUAUUUUCUGCAAAAAUACGUGGAAAGUGUUGUUUGUUUGCUCAGUUUUAAUGCACUGUGAACAGCCAGGGAUGUUUUAAAAAUAAAAAGUAACAAUUCCUUACAAGUUUGGACAAAAAAUGCACAUUGAGAUGGAAAUUAUGUUGAAAAGUGCUUGAAUUUUGAUGUAAAAAAUCUAUACAUAGCAUGGUCUCUUGUUUGAAUAUUUUCUAUGUUAUUUAUGUAUGAAUAUAUAUACUGUAGUUAGUUUAUCGAUAACACAAUUUCAAACCAAGCUGUAUCUUUUACAUCGGAUAUAUAGAUCUGAUAAACCUUUUUGAAAAUUAUUAAAUAGAGAAAAUUAGUUCAUAUCCCAAUUUUGACAGAGUAGCACAUUGAAGAAUUGGUGCACCAAAAUUAUUUUUAAUAGAAACAGUAUGAUAGAAAAAGUGAAUUAAGCACAAUCAUAAUUAAGUGCAGUGCAUUUAGCUGUAAAAUUAUUAGAAUAAGAUGACGGCUAAAAUAUGUGUGAAAGUUAUAUAUUCACAGCAUGUGAUCGCUCAUCGGUAUUUUAAAGGACUACAGAUUUUUUUGUAGCCUGGUUGGUAUAUUGUUGCAUUGUUUUAUCACUGAUUUAAAACUACUGAAUACUGCCAUCUAUAACCAUGUAUUAAUUCAUAACAGCAUUUCAAUUGAUUUGAAGUGCAGCUGACUUGAUUAUUAAAAUGUGUAAUGUAAACAUAUUGUAAUGUAACAUGACUAUUACUUUCUUUCUCAUAGAGAGUUGAACGUUAUUAUGUCGCAUGUUAACCUCUUAAACAGUGCUUCAGGAAAGACUUAUCACAGCAAAAUCAUCUGGAUGAGGCCUCUGUGAUUUAUGCUGGAGUAUGUUGUGAUUAAGUCACCUGUAUCACUGUGAUUUUUGUUUAAAUUUGUACUUUUGUAUCAAUUCUACAAUAUAUAUACAUUCGCUAGAAAUGGUGCUAUAAUAUGUAUUUUGCCAAUUAUUGAAAAUUAUUAAUGUUUUGUAUAUAACUAUACAUAAGUGUAUCAAUAAUAACUCCUUAAUUCGUAGUUUUAGUAUAUAGUUGAGUUUUGAUGUAAUCUUGCCCUUUGAAUUACAAUUUUAUCAAACCAUAUGUCCCAGGAUCUUUAUUAGUAUUGGGGGGAGGGGGAAUAUAGUUUUCAUCUCCGUCCAUUUUGUAUGUAUGGGUAAAGUGAAGUAGGAAAUUGUCAAAGUUCUGUUAAGGUGGAGCAAGGGAGGUAACUAUGUUAAGUUAUCCAAACUGUUCCAUUAUCAAGCCGUGGUUCGUCUGUCCAUCCCGCCAUAAACAAUUCUUGUUAUCGCUAUUUCUCAGAAAACACUUAAGGGAUCUUUUUCAAAUUUCAUAUGUAAGUUCUCCUUGGUCCCUAGAUGUGCAUAUUGCAUUUUGUGACCGAUCAGAAUACAACAUGGCCGACAAGCAGCCAUCUUUAAUUUUGACAUUAGAAGUUUGUUCUUGUUGUUUCUCAGGCAAUACUGGAGGGAUCUUAUUCAAAUUUCAUAUGUAAGUUCCUUUUGGUCCCUUGUUAUGCAUAUUGCAGGUUGCUCCAGCUAUAGCUUGUUAUAUAAAGUUAUAAAAUACAUUUUGAAGGAUGAGUGAAAGAAGGGAAAAGAAGAGGGUGCCAAGAUCCCCCUCUGGGAUCUCUUGUUUAAAACCAUACAGUCAUCACAGAAUUUAGCUAUAAAUUCUAGAAAUGGCAGAAGCAUGAUUGCCUUGUAUGACAGUACACUGUUAGUCACGUUUGGUUUUCACUAUGUAGUUGAUAAACAGAGUAUUUCAGAAAGAAAUGAUAUCAUUUCAAUCUGUCCUUCAUGCAUGUUUUUAGGAUAUUAGGAAACAUGUGAAAAUGAAAAUAAAUCUAGUCAUAUUUUGUUGAUAGAGACGAAUUCAGCAGAAAAUGUACAUUGAAACCUGACUUAACUGACACACUGGGAUCGAGUCAAAAUGUCUUGGGAUAUGGCUGUGUGCCAGUAAAGUACACUAUGGCACAGAGUCAGAAUGGGUUGGAUGUUACAGGAUGUCUGUGAAGUUAGUGUCGGCAAUGACAGUGGAGCAUGUCAAUAUUCUGAUGGAAUUGAUCAGAUGAUACAGGAUGUCAUUAUAAUCAGUGGUCAGUAAAGUUAGGUUUCAUUGUAAAUGUUUUUAGAAAAAGGAAACUUUGUAAAACAUGUUGUUUGUAAAUGGGACCCCAGUUAGUUUUAAAUAUUGCUCAGUUAAAAUGGUGCUACGCUGUACGGGCAUUUUUCGUAUGUGGUUGUUUUUCAUUCUUCAUGCCAGAUAUUAAUGUCACUUGUGUAAAGCAAACUAGAAAUUAUAAUAUCCAGCUACAAUGUGUAAUUCAUAAACCUAGAAACUAUGGCAAGCCAAAGAGGAAAAAGGUCCCUAUUUAUUGGUAUCAUAUAAUUCAUUUCAAAUAUCCAUAAUUCAUUUUAAAUAUCCAUAAAUGAUUUAUGGAUAUCCAUAAUUUGACUUAUUUAUGGAUAUCCAUAAAUGAUUUAUGGAUAUUUAAAAAUGAAUUAUGGAUAUCCAUGAAUCGGACCACUGCCAGCAGGGUAGACAACUCUUUAUUGUCUCUAUUGGAGCUCCUCUGACUUUAUACAAGUUAGUUUAUUACUGUCGAUUUGUGUUUUUGUUUCGGUAAUUUUAAUCUAGAUUUGAAAUUGAGUAAUAUGCAUAUUGUAUGAAAGGCACUUUAAAUUGACCUAGAUUGAUGAAAUCUCCUGUCCUUUCUAUUUCGUAGUAGAAUCUACCUGUCGUAAUUGUACGUAUUUUUACUUAAAUUUUACUAGUUUUGUAGAUCUACAUAAAUUAUGAACAAAAUUUUUGCAACGAAUAUGUGACAUAUUACGUACAUAGAAAUAUGAUCAGAGAACUGUCAGAUAAAGGUAAUUUUUGUUUCAUUAUUUGAAAUACAUCUGUCUGACCAGAGAUAGAUUCCACAUUGUGUGCCAUGUUGUGUUCUCUAAUAAAGAACUUGCAUACUUCA